AGCAACGCUGUCACAAAGCUAACACUAGCUAGCCGUGUAGCCUCCUGAACGCAGCAGCUUUUGUCAACAUGCUCUCCAGAGUUUACCUGGGCUGCUUAUCGUUCGGCCUCGUAUCUUCCUCACAGGCGUGUUAACAAAUUUACAAUGGGAUCUUUUAGCGAGCCAAGCUAGCCCCAGCUGGCCAGACUUUGUCUUCGUCGUAGCCACAUUCGGUUGAGCAGCUAACUGACUCGGAGCUCUUGUUAGCUUGGAGCUAGCUCGGCGGAUCAUGGCGAUUGUGUCUGGUUCCUGUGCCAGAGUGAACGGCUCCAGAAAUGGGCCCUCCGUGUCUGCCGCACCGCACGGGACCGUCGGACAAUCCCAGCCCAUGAUAGCGGUGUGGGAAUGGCAGGACGACCUGGGCUACUGGCGGCCCUACAGCGGCCAAGUGAGCGCCCACAUCGAGCGGUGUCUGUCUCCGCGGGGCCGAGGAGGAGGAGGACCCGGCACAACGAGCAUCUGCCUCGGACAGUCAGACCCCAGCCUGUCGCCUUACCUCAUUGACAUACCAAGCUUGAAGCAGUUUCGGCAGGACACGGGAAAGACUCGGUCAGUGCGCCGGUCUCUAUUCGCUCAGUCCUCCGGCCUCGGCAGCGGCGUCUACUGGGAGUGGGCCAACGAUGAGGGGGGAUGGACUCCGUACGAGACUCGAACGUCUAUCCUGCUGGAGCACAGUUAUCAGGCCCGCCAGGGCACGGCGGACUUGGGUCCACACGGAUACAAUUACAUAGUGGAUCUCACCUCUCUGGCCCAAGUUAACAAAUCGUCAGGCUUCAGACGGCAGGUGCGGCGGCAGUGCAACCUCCCCUACCCGCUGGCCUCCGCCGGCCCCCCGGCCAUCCCCUCAGCCCCCGCCUGCUCCUGCCAGCAGUGCUUGAGCCACAGCAGCACAGGACCCAUCCCCAGCCGUUCGCGACAUUCCUUCUCGUCGAGCAAUCUCAACCGGCCCAGCCUGCAAGGGACAGGGAGGGCCGCAGCGGCUCACCCUGCUUCGGUCUACUCGCCCUACCCCAGGAGGCCCCUCUCCGUGGGGGGCAUGUCCUGGGGCAGCCCCUGGCCUCCACCGACCUCUGGGAGUCAACUUUCAGCCCCGCUUCUCACCCACUCUACCAGUGCCAAUGGUUUAAGUGUUCCUUCCAUCUCCGUGCAGCUGAACGGUUCCACCAGCGUGAGCUCUGCCCUGGCAGGCAUGGCCUCCAUUUUGAUGUCAGCAGUGGGACUCGGCGUGCACUUCACCUCUGCCCCCCUCCCUCAGCAGCAGCAGCAGCAGCAGCAGCAGCAGCAACAGCCUCAGCCUCAACCUCAGCAGCAGCAUCAGCAGCCUGCUCCUUUCUCUCUUCCUCCUCCUCCUCUCCUCCCCCCAGCCAGCAGGCCCAGCAGGCCCCCCAGCAGCAGCAGCAGCAGCAGCAGCAGCAGUUCAGUUAGGAGAGCAAAGAGGCAGCACAGGAGAGGCACGUCUCAGAGACCCGAGGAGGUGAUUCAGCGCUACAUGGAGGUGGUGGCCGGGGUGCCGGAUGAGGACUGCAUAAUCUGCAUGGACCAACUGUCCAACCCGUCCGGAUACGAGACGCCGUCUGCGGAGGAGGGAGCCCAGAGCAUCCUGCCGGACACUGUGGGGAAAUUCAUCAAAUGCGGCCACACCCUGCACAUGCUCUGCAUGCUGGCGAUGUACAACAACGGGACGAAGGACGGCAGCCUGCAGUGCCCCUCAUGCAAGACAAUCUACGGGGAGAAGACGGGCACGCAGCCCAAAGGCAAGAUGGAAAUUUACAGCAUUGCCCAGUCGCUGCCGGGACACCCGGACUGUGGCACCAUCCAGAUCAUCUACAGCAUACCGCCGGGCAUCCAGGGCCCCGAGCAUCCCAACCCAGGACAGCCCUACACCUGCAGAGGCUUCCCUCGCUUCUGCUUUCUGCCGGACAACGACAAAGGGAGGAAGGUGCUGGAGCUGCUGAAGGUGGCGUGGAUGCGCCGCCUCAUCUUCACCGUGGGGACGUCCAGCACCACGGGGGAGCCCGACACCGUGGUGUGGAACGGCAUCCACCACAAGACCGAGAUGAUGUCCAACCUGUCGGGCCACGGCUACCCCGACCCCAACUACCUGGACAAUGUUCUGUCUGAGCUGGCCUCUCAGGGCGUGACAGAGGGCUGCCUCAAACCUCCAGGAGGGGGCGGCGGCGGCGGCGGCGGCGGCGGCGGCAGCAGCAGCUAAGUCGCAGCUUCACACGCUUCCACUCACCUCUAACCACCAAGUUAACCCUUUGAAAUCCUCCCCCGUGGCCGGGGUGGGGGUGGUGGGGGGGGGGGGGGCGGACUCCCUGCAACCUCUGUCUGUUAAUAAUGUCUGCCCACAUCUCACCGAGUGAACGGAGGGCGAAGAGCGAGCUAAAUAAAGAGGAGAUGCUGACAAGAGUCUGUUCUCACCGUGCUCCAAGAGGCUGAACUUUUAAGAAAGAAAAAAAAAGAAAAAAAAAAGGCUCCUCAGCCUCUUUCAUCAAACCUCCACAAACUGCAGAUUGCGUUUUCGUUUUAUUUCCCCGUCGAGCCUCAUCUGUAUCCCCACGUUCGGUUGCCAUGGCAAUGGGAACCUACACCAGGGGAUAAAAAAAAUCCCAUUAAGCACUUUAGUCCCGACGGUGUGUUUCUCUGACGAGGCGCGUGGCCGCCUCCCCCUCCGAGUAAAAGGGCCGUGAGCUUUGCUUUUUUUCAAAAUUGGGAACUCGUUCAGUUCGAAACCUUUCGUGUUUAGCUCAGUGGCACAAAUUCAAGUAGCAAAGUCAGUAUAUAUUAGCGUAUUUGAUGAGAACGGGCAAUACUUGCAGUGUUGUAAAUAACAAAAAAAAACUAUGAAUGAAACUAAAGUAUGAUUUAAAAAAAUAAAAAAAAAGAUAACACUAAAAAAAAAAAAAAAAUACAAGUUGUGUCCACGAAUGCCAUAAAUAAAAGUGGUGAGAUUUGAUCAUGUUAUAUUUAACUCCCUGCUGAUUUGUUCGGGAUCUGCAGUAUUAAUGAUGGUGGAGGGGAUUCAGCAGCCAUUGUUGUGUUGUUUUAUUUUUUGUCACUUGAUAUGUUCGUGUCUCCGCGUCUGCGAGAAAAGACGAGAUUUCCUUCUUCUUCUUUUUUUUUUUUUUUUUU